AAUAAUCAUUUAAACAAAACACAUUCAAUGAAUGAUAUAAAGUCAACAUCCACUACUUGUCUCUCACCUCCUACUUCUUCCUCUGCCCCAUCCCCAUGUUCAUCAUCAGCGUCACCGUCAUCGUCAUCAUCAUCAUCAUCGUCAUCAUCACCAUUACCAUCAUCAUCAUCAUGUAAUGCAGCGGCCAAGUCAAAUUUAACAACUCGAAUAACAUUGAAGAAAUUGAACACAGUGGAAAAGAAGGAAUCAGCGUUUACUUCACUAAAUUCCUCAUCGUUAUACAGAACACUUUCAUUGAAUGCCAAUGCAAAAGAUAAUGACUGUUAUAUUUCAAAUUUUAAUCAAUCUCCUGCCUCUUCAUUAAAAAGAAAUCAUUCUCAUCCUCUUGAUUCAAAUGAAGCCUAUAGUUUUACUGAAGUUGAAGACGCGAACUUAAAGUAUGAUUUUUCAACUAACAACACAAAUUCAUUACAAUCGGACAUGGAACCUUCAAACUGCUCUAAGCCAACUAUUACAAAGUCUGAAACAAUGGAUACAAGUCUUCGAACAAGUGAUGGUUUAUAUAAAUGUCGUAUAUGUAAAAGAUUAUUUGCUAAUCGUUAUUCAUUAACCGGUCAUUACAAAUCUCAUUAUGAACCUAGUCAAAAACCAUAUUGUUGUGAUGAUUGUGGACAACGUUACACUUCUCCAAGUAAUCUACAUUAUCAUCGUGGUCGUAAUUGUCCAGUGUUGAAAUUAAAAGCAAUUAAAGAAGGUAAACUUAUACCAACUAGUGUACAAAAUACCAAAUUAUUAGAAUUAAAAGCUUUAAGAGCUGUUGAACGUAAAGCUUUUAUGAAUAAGUUAAAAGACAACAAUGAUGCAAAUAAUAAUAAUGAAGCUAAAAAUAGUUCAGGUGAAGUGAAACGUCAUCAUCAAUCAUCUGCAGGUAAGAGAUCACGAUUAUCAACUUGUAAGUCUGUUGAUGAUGAUUGUGUGACUACUUUAAAAACUGACAGUAGUAUAAAAUGUCCAAGAGAAAAUAAAAUGGCAAAAAGUCAAAAUUCCCCUUCUAUUACAAUAUCACCUAGACCAUCAAGCAACAAUAAUACUGGUAAUAAUGUGAAUGAUAUUGGUAAUAUGGUACAAGAAAAUGAAAGUGGAUUACAAAUGCAAGAGAUUGUACGAUUAUUUUUAAUGCAUGCCUAUCAGUCGGAUGAAUUACGUCAACAAUUAUUAUCAUUGACAUCAAAUGCUUUACUCAAUGCAUUAUUACCAACGAAUGGAUUUAAUUCAAAUCUAUUUGUGAAUCAAAAUCCUACAUCAAAUCAACAAUUAUUUAAUUUGAUUUCUAAUUUUAUCAGUUCGAAUUUUUCUACAGAAAAAACAAUCAACACUAAUCAUCCUCAUGACUCUAUUCAUGCAAUUCAUAUGCAGCAAAAGUCUACUAUAGGAACACCAUCGAUACAACCAAAUUGUAUAGGAUUGUCAAUGGAAGAACCAACAGACUUGACAAGUACAGCAUGUAAUUAUAUUCAACAGAGCAGUCAAUCCAAUUCAUCAGGCAUUCAAUCUCCAAACUAUCGUCAAGAUUCUCAUAUAUUUCAACAUAUUCAUGAAUUAAACAAACAUCCAAUCUCAAUACAUUCUAAAUAUCUAAGAUGUUUGUCAGUAACAACAUCGGAAGCAAUGAAUUUUAUGAAACCUUUGACAAGAUGUCAUUCAUUAAAUGAAACAAUCCCUUCUAAUAGUGAUUGGGAUAUGAAAAUCACUAAUUCAACGUCAACUACUCCAAAUUUACUGUUACAACAGCAUUAUCGCCAACAUCAGCGUCAACAAGAACAAGAACAACCAAUAAAUUAUUCAGAAAAUUUAUCCAACCAAAAUUAUACUUCCUCUGGUGGUAAUGCUAAUGAGCAAUCAUCAUCACCAUCAGUCAUACCACAAUGGAAUCAUCAACCUUCCAGUUUAGUAUCAUGUACAGAUUGUGAUCGAGAAUUUUCAUCUUAUACCGCUUUUCGUGUACAUCAUACAAAAUCACAUCAACAGGCUACAAAUCAACGUAAAUCUACUGCACAGCGUAAUUCGACCAAAUCCCAAUCAGGAAGUCGUAAUAUGUCAACAUCAACAAUGAAUUGAAACAAUAUGAAAAAUCUUAAUUUAAAACAAUCAAUCAUAACAGAAUUAUUUAGUGAAAAUAAUGUAAAGUAUUUUUAUAUAUUUAUUUCAACAGCUGCAUUAAUACUAACAAACUAGACACAUCAUUAGCAACACUGUCAAUUCUCAUAUAUAGAUACAUAUAUAUACACAUUGAUAAUAAUAUGUAUUGUUCUGAGUUAACAUAUAACAGAAAUGAAAUUUAAUUUAUCUAUCUGCUGUACAAACAACUACUAAAUGACAAUUUGUACUUUGUUCUUUCCAGUUUGUUUUUUUUUAAUAUCACAAACACUCACACGGACACACGGACAUACUUACACACACAAACCCUGAUUCCAAUAAUUCCCUUUUAAUGCAUACAAUUGCUUAAUAGUAACAGUAAUCAUCAUCAUUGAAACUGUACAAUAACAUACAUUGAACACAUUGAAAUUGAAUUCGAUUGCCCUACAACACAAAUGAUAAAGUACUUAAAAUUAUUAUUGUUGAGUUUUUUUUUUUCUUCUGAACUUUCGUUUAUUGGAGUUUUUGUUCAAUUCAUCGUUAUUUCUGUUUGAAAUUCAUAUUUUGCAAAAAAGCACUACAAAUCAAAAUGAUCAAUGAACAUGACGUCAACAAUAUUCUCUCUUUUUUUCUUUUUGUUUAUUUCAACUGAUAUUGAUCAUGAUGAUGAUGAUUGUGAUAUUUUGGCGCGAUGAUGACGAUGAUGUAGUUAGCAUCGUUAAUGUAAUACGAUGAUAUUUUUGGUUUUAGGGGUAAUUAAUAAUUGAUCAUUGUAUUCAUUGAAAAUCAUUCAUUAACAAUUGCUUACAUCAUUGAUAAUAAUUAUUAUUCCCAUUAUUCUUACUCAUAGUACAUGCUCAAUGGUAAUAUUUGUUUAAAAGUGAUUAUGAUUGCUAUUACUAUUUAUCUGAUAAUCAAUGAACAAUUUCCACACAUGUGUUUGCUGGAAAAAAAAAGGAAGAGUGUUGAGCAAUCGUAUGUAAAAUUGUAUUUAGUUUAUCGAUUUGUUAUUUGUCAACUUUCUCUCAAAAAAUCAAUUCCACACUCUAAUCUGGAUAGUUUUUACUUUGUUUCAUAGAAAAAUAAUGAAGUUCAAUUGUACAGCAUUGCAUUGCAUUGCAUUGUAUUGUAUUUGCAUUCGAUAAUUUGUAAUAAUGACGUAAAUAAAAUUAGUAAACAAAUAAAAUGGUACUUGAAUGAACAUGACCGAUGAUGAUUUAU